AUUCUGUGGCGGCUGCUGGCUGCAUCUGAGGCGGGUUGAAGUGGCGGCCGAGGCCGUCAGGGGUGGACGCCGGGGCCGGGCUACGCCCGGUUCACACAGUGUGACUUCCUUUGGACAAGUGAUGACAUUUAUCAUUGUGCCACGUUUCUACAAAUAAAAGAUGGGUGGAUUAUUUUCUCGAUGGAGAACAAAACCUUCAACUGUAGAAGUUCUAGAAAGUAUAGACAAGGAAAUUCAAGCAUUGGAAGAAUUUAGGGAAAAAAAUCAGCGAUUACAAAAAUUAUGGGUUGGAAGAUUAAUUCUUUAUUCCUCAGUACUCUACUUGCUUACAUGCUUAAUUGUGUACUUGUGGUAUCUUCCUGAUGAAUUUAUUGCAAGACUUGCGAUGACACUCCCCUUUUUUGCUUUUCUACUGAUCAUCUGGAGCAUAAGAACAGUGCUUAUUUUCUUCUUUUCCAAGAGAACGGAAAGAAAUAAUGAAGCACUGGAUGACUUAAAAUCCCAGAAGAAAAAAAUACUUGAAGAAGUCAUGGAAAAAGAAACUUAUAAGGCAGCUAAAUUAAUUCUUGAAAGGUUUGAUCCAGAUUCGAAGAAAGCAAAGGAGUUGGAGCCGCCAUCUGCCGGAGCAGCUGUGACUGCAAGACCUGGACAAGAGAUUCGUCAGAGAACGGCUGCUCAAAGAAACCUUUCUCCACCACCAACAAACUCUAAUCAGGGACCUCCUCAACAAGUUCCAGUAUCUCCUGGACCAUCAAAGGACUCUUCAGCCCCUGGUGGACCACCAGAAAGAACUGUUACUCCAGGCCUUCCAUCAAACAUGUUACCAAGACGUCUUGGAUCCCCUGCUACUUCAGUGCCUGGAAUGGGUCUUCAUCCUCCAGGUCCACCCUUAGCAAGACCCAUUCUUCCCCGAGAACGCGGUGCACUGGAUAGAAUUGUUGAAUAUUUAGUUGGUGAUGGUCCACAAAACAGGUACGCCCUUAUAUGUCAACAGUGUUUUUCUCAUAAUGGCAUGGCUUUGAAAGAAGAAUUUGAAUACAUUGCUUUUCGAUGUGCCUACUGUUUUUUCUUGAAUCCUGCGAGAAAAACCAGACCUCAGGCCCCAAAACUUCCAGAGUUUAGUUUUGAGAAAAGGCAGGCAGUGGAAAGCUCAAGUUCAGUUGGUCCUUUGCCAUCAGAAGGUAUGCUUUCAUCAGAGAACCAGUUCAGUGAAGAAUCUUUAGAAGAACAAGAUGUUCUCGAUGAUAGUACAGAUCAGACAGAUGACAAAAUAACAGCUACUGAGCAGACAAACGAAGUAAUUGCAAAAGCAUCUGGCAUAGAGGAACUAGAGGAAAAACAAGAAGAGACUGCCAAUAAGGAAACCUCAAGAAAUGAAGCCAAAUCAACAGUUCCCAGAGUGGAUUCUACUCCUGAUCUUGAACUAAGUGGAGAGUCUUUGAUGACAAAGUAGUAAAUCCUUCCAUGUGCCUUCAACUGGAUAUUUGUAAUCUUGUUGAUGUCAGUUAUUGCUUUUUUGAUGGUACAUUAAAGAACUUUUUUUUUGCUCCUCUAAGUAUAUGCUUUAAGUCAUUUAAAUUCAGAUCAUCUAGCAGUUUCAGUAUGUCAGAGUCAUGUACUAGAUGCUAAAAUUAAAAGCAAGUGAUAUCAGUGAAGUAAGAUCCUUUUGAACAUACAAAGACCAACACUGUUAAUAGACAACCUUCAGACAUUUUAUGUUUAUUCUAAAAGUCAAAACAAAACAAAAAGGUAGCAUUCUUGUUUUCUAUACAUAAUACCUGUAAAUAAUAUCUAUUUUGACAUAGGGAGGACUUUGGUUAGGAAUAAUUUCUCUAAUAGUGUUUAGGAAUGAAAUGCAAUACUUUGUUAUUACAAACAGAGUUAUAACUCUUGAGAUGUUCACCAGUGGGGAGUAAAUGCCUACUUAGGUGUUUAAAUGAUAUGAAAGUUGUAACUGUAACUACUAGACAUUGGUACGAACAUUUAGUAAGAAUGCAGUUGAACAGUCAGGUGCAGUGUUUCUUUUGAUGUUUUUUAUUUUGCAGCUGGGCCAAAGGCACAUGAUGUAUAUAAUUAGCUUAUGUUUACAUAUUAACAUAUAGGAAAUAAAUGGUGCACUUGACUGUACUUGAAUUCUUAGUAUUAUUUAUACUUGUUCAAUAAUGAUGAUACAUGAGUGAAUUUUGUGCUCAGUGUGUAUUUUAUUAAGGAAAAUAAAGAUAAUCUGAUAGCAAUU